AUGAAUGUUACAGGAGGAGCUGCAUUUGUCCUCUUGGGCUUAGCAGAGCAUCCUGACCUUCAGCUGCUGUUGUUCAUUGUUUUUCUAUUGGUUUACAUAAUAAUAAUUGUGGGGAACAUGCUCAUUGUUGUCAUGAUCAUGGUGGAUCCAUCACUUUGUGCACCAAUGUAUUUUUUCCUCAAGGUUUUAUCUUUUCUAGAUGUUUGCUACUCUUCAGUUACUCUCCCAAAGAUGCUGGUGAAUGUCUUAUCAGAGGACAAAAGAAUUUCCCACAUGGGCUGUGCCACACAAAUGUUCUUCUUGCUUUUCUUAGGGGCUGCAGAAUGUUUCCUUUUGGCAGCCAUGGCCUAUGACCGUUACGUUGCCAUAUGCAAACCAUUGAGGUAUGUGGUCAUGAUGAACAAGACAGUUUGCCUUUCACUAACCAUCUUGUCAGGAUUCAUUGGCAGUGUGUCGUCUCUACUUCAGACAGUUUGGGUGUUCACAUUGCCAUUCUGUGGGUCAAAUGAAAUUAAUUAUUUUUUCUGUGAUAUCUCACCACUAAUUAAAAUGUCAUGCUUUGACACUUCUUUACAGCUCUUUACAGCAACUGUCCUAGUUAUUUUCACCCCAUUUUUCCUCAUCCUUCUAUCUUACAUUCUGAUUAUUUCCAACAUUCUAACAUUGACAUCAUCUGAAGGCCAUUAUUAG